AGAAGUUCCGAGCCAAUCAUUUAGCUUGGUAUUCGGAGGUGGGGAGGCAGACCUGUGACAUUCACAGUUCUCAUACCUGUGUCAACUGUGUAAAAACCUAAAAAUGAACAUUAUACGGUCGUCUUUGUUCCGACUGCGUGGAAUAACCAGUUUCACCAGCAUGCCUACAGGUGACCUUGCUGUAACUGGCGCAACUCACCUUAGAUUAUUCAGCAACUGGAUGGUGUCCAAUGCAGCUGCAGGACCUCAGAUGUCCAGAUGUGGCCCACUCUCUUCACAAGCUGAGGGUUCAGGAGUGUUCCAACAGCUUCCCUGGCAAUACCAGCAGGUACGGACCAAAAAAAGAGGAACGGAGUACCAGCCGAAGAACAUCAAACGCAAGAGGACCCACGGUUGGAUCAAGAGGUUGAGCUCACGCGGCGGCAUUGAGGUGCUCCUACGGCGCAUGUUGAAGGGACGGAAAUCACUUUCACACUGAGGGUUCCCAUUGGAAAACCUGCAAGACUUUCUGGAAAUAGACAUUGGAUCUGAAAUGCUGGCAGUUUUCAGCAAAGACCUUGUGUAUUGGGUUGACUGAUACUGGGUGUGGCUGGGUUUGUCAUGCCCAAUGCAUUAAUGAUGGGCGGAAGAUUGAAACAAGUUGCAUUUGUUUUGGGUUGAAAAACAAGCCUGGUAAUUUCACCCAGUUAUAUUUGAUCCAUAAUGUGUUGUUCAUAAUAAAUACAUGUUAAAAGAUUUA